UGGAUCUACAUUACUCAAAUUGAGGCAUACGUACGAAACUGCCCGCAUAUCGAUGACUGUGCACAUACAACUCUAACUGACAAGUAUCCACAAGAUCCUCUCUUCAAAGGUGAAAGGAAAACUGAGCACGGUAGAGAAUGGUGUGAGAUAAAGGUGUUUUGGAAAAAAUUUGAAUUUCUGAUAACAGGUGGUUUAUAUGGAUCCUAUUUAGACAAUAAUAUCCAUGGCUUUCUUGGAUCGUCUUUCCCU